AGAGCUACCUUGCUUUGCAACCUGCGGCUAAGCCUGCCCCAGAGCAUCUGCGUGCUGCCUAGAUCAUUUCUCCAAAGACAAAGUGCAAUUCGACUACGCAGUUGUGAAAGACCACUUCGAAAGUUCUGCCUCCGAUCGAACCGCAGUAAAGACAGGUCCCCUCCUGCUGAUCGCAAGCGCAUGCGCAAGUGCAAGCCGCUGCUGCUGAAAGCCCACCCUGCCAUGGACUUCACUUCCUGAGCUCGCCAAGCAAACGUUCUCUCGGCAUCACCAAACCUCAAAGCAAGCAUCAUUACUCGAUAUUUCCCAGCGUUGUUGGUUAUUCAGUCGACAACAUGGCGCAGCCUUUGGAUCUCGCAAAGACUCUCGUCAAGUCUGUCAUGCGCGCCUUCUACGAAACGCGCUUCAUUUUGAUCAUCGAUGCCUUGAUCAUUCACUCUGCUCUCCGAGACGAUGACUUGGCGUAUCUGAUGGCAACGAACACAAAGGAUCUCCACAAGGCGUGUGGAAAGCUUAGAGAAGACCGGUUUCUAGCUGUGUACACGAGACUGGAAUAUCGAGAAGAUCCCAAGAAUCCCGAGGCGAAGCCGCGUCCUGUCAACCGAACCUACUACUACAUUGACUACCGCCAAACAAUUGACGCCAUCAAAUGGCGUGUGUACACAGUCGACAAGCAAAUCCAAGGCACCACGGUGCCGGCCAGCGAACGCAAGGAAUACUUUUGCGGACGGUGUAAAUCAGAAUGGACGCAAAUGGAGGUGCUAGACAACGUUGGCCCUACAGGCUUUGUCUGUCACCGGUGCAAUGGCCCGCUUACGCACGAUCUCGAGCGCAACUCCACAGGCCACGAGCAGUCGACACGACUAAAUAACCAGUUCAAGUUCAUCACCGAAUUGUUACCGCGCAUAGACGAGAUGAUUGUUCCAGAUAACACCUUCGAUAUUGCGAUCAGUAAAGCCUUGCCAGUUGUCCGCGACGCCAGUUACCAGAGCGUAACCACCAUCCCUGUUUCAUCCCUGCAGCCAACAUCAGUUAAGGGUCUCGAUAAUGUCGGGCCCAAGUCUAUGUCAGUCAGCAUCUCGACAGCGGACGGGCCUUCAGAGGCUGAGAAGGCAGCGGAGAAGGCCCGUAAGGAGAAGGUCGCACAGCAAAAUGCACUUCCUUCGUGGAUGUCUAACAGUACGGUCACGGGCGAGUCCUUUUCUGCCGAGGCCAACCCAAUGCCCGCCACCAAGGUUGAGGAGGUGGAUGACAAGGGGGCUUUGUCAAAGUCAGCAGAUAAUGCGGAACAUGCAGAGCUGGAUGACUACUUCGCUCGACUUAAGGCUGAGCAAGAGGCUGAGGCAGCGCGAGCAAUGGAGGAGGAGGAGGAGGAUGACGAUGAUGAUGAGGAUGACGACGCCUUCGAAGAUGUCACACCGAGCAUCGCAACCCCGGCGCCGGCUAUUAAAGCUGAGCCCUCACCAGAAUCAGAAGGAAGAGCAGUCAAGAAGGUCAAGGUGGAAGCGCCAGCGGACGGGGAUGACGGCGAGAGCGACGAAGACAUGGAGUUUGAGGAUGUCUAGGGGUGCGAGGAAGACAUCAAAGCAUCAAAGUGUCUUGAUGAAGAAAUGGCUCGAAGAGACUCCGCAUCAUGAGAGGAGUGGCUGAGGAUUUGACGGAGGUGGUCGGUAUUGCCUGCCCUUGCAUCCCGAAUUCCCAUCCUUCAGGCCCAUGGAAGCAUCCCGUUGUUGUAAGAAUAGGAUACACAAGUGGGAAACACAUAGAGUGCCUAGGAAAUGGAGCACGAACGGGUAGCACGAACGGGUAGCACGAACGGGGCG